GCGGCCCGCGCGCUCUGAUGUGGGACGGACAGGAUAAAAGAGAAAGUGAAACCUCCAAACUAAAGCACAAAGACAGAGUCUACACGAACCCUUGAUCACCUGAGACUGACACAAAAUGGCCGUCACUAAAAUAAAAGUGGUGUUGAUUAAGGAACUCCAGAAGCUUCUAGAUGAAGACCUCGAUCAGUUCAUCUGGCACCUGUUGAAUCCUAUGACAGAAGACAUCACGCCUAUUCUUCCAGCAAAGCUUCAGAAAGCUAAUCGUCGUGAUGUCGUGGAUUGCAUGGCAUCGCAGUACUCUACUGAUGCUGGCAAUAUUGCAGUGCAAGUGCUGCGAUGCAUGGAGAAAAAUGAUCUCGCAAGCGAACUUGAGGGAAAACUUCAGGAAGUUCCAGAGGAUGUUCCUUCUGGAGCGAGAGCUUCGUCCAGUGGGACACCGGCACCGGCUCAGGCUGCUGGAGUUACUAUGAGCAUAUCAUCCAAUGGAGGAACCGUAAAGGCCCCUGUUGUUCAUGGUUGUAAUUUUACAGGCCCGGUAACCUUCAACUAAUGCUCAAGGAUCUAUCUAUAUCUAUCUAAGAGCGCCAACUGAAAAUCCACAGAAGAAUACAGAUCUACAUGGGAAAUCUCAGAGUCAAAAUAAGAUAGGCUACACCGGUGUUUUGACAGAUGAGAAGUUUGUUAUGUAUCAUCUUUUUAUUAUUUUAAUUAAUUUUAGGCUACUCUAAUUCAUUUUAUAACUGUAUCAUGUCUCUUUUAAUUCCUUUUAUGUAAGGAAUAAUUGACAACAUCCCGUUGAAUUAUUAGAAAAAUAACACACACCCGAGGUGGUAAUGGGGUCACGACGCGAUGUGAGCAUUAUUUUUCUAAUUAUUCAACGGGAUGUCGUAAAUUAUUCCGCUUAUAGUACAGUUACCACACCUCGAAACAUUGUUCAGAUUAUGUAUUUCAAGACGUUUGUCAAAGUUUUUAUCAUAAAACUGUAGAUGUGCUUAGCGACGGGAACGCUAAGCCACGCCCAAUGUUUAUACGCGAGUUGUCCGUGGAUGCUGAAGUACUCGGUAAAGUAAGUGAACAUGCAAA